AUGGAGCAUGGAGGGAUGAACCAGGGUGCGCAACGUGGAGGUAUUCCAAACCAGGGUCUGGCUCGGGGCGAUGGCAGAGGUCAAGGUAGCUUUGUUGGAUGUGGUGGUUUCCAACUGGCGAUUCAAGGUUUUCAUCCCAGCUAUGGCAGGAGAGGGUACUAUGGUGGCUACCAGGGAGGUCGGCACCCAUACGGUGGUUGUGGCGGCGGCAGGUACCCCCAUCAACAACAGGGUCACUUCGGCGGGAGAGCCGGCCGCAAUGGCAUAUUCCAGGGUGGUUUUGUGCCAAUAUAUGGUGUGCAGGCUAAUCAAGGACACUGGGGUGCUACGACCACAGGAGCAACUACUCUAGUACCCCCUCAAGUGGGUGUACCUGUGCCUGUGAAUCAUCAAGGCGUAAGGGAAAAAGGUGAUGUUCCAGUGUUUCAGGGCAUCGUGCCUCUGGCUAAUGGUGGCAUACAAGUGAACGUGGUUCCUUAA